GAAUCGUCGAAAUAACGCAGUAGAUCGUUAACGCGUCUUCGUUCCAGUACCUGAAAUAUAUAUCAUCAAGAAGAUGGGUCUGCUUGCUAUUUUACGGAAAUUACGAUCGAAUCCUGAUAAAGAGCUGCGAUUAUUACUACUGGGUCUGGACAAUGCCGGAAAAACAACUAUUUUGAAAUCUUUGGCUAGCGAAGAUAUUACACAGGUAACCCCAACACAAGGUUUUAAUAUAAAAAGUGUCCAGAGCGAAGGUUUUAAAUUAAAUGUUUGGGAUAUUGGUGGAGCUCGAAAAAUUCGACCAUAUUGGCGAAAUUAUUUCGAGAAUACGGAUGUACUUAUUUACGUCGUUGAUAGUGCGGAUAUCAAAAGGUUGGAGGAAACGGGACAGGAAUUAUCAGAGCUUCUAUUGGAAGAAAAGUUACGCGGCGUGCCAUUGUUAGUAUACGCGAAUAAACAAGACCUGGGACAUGCCGUGACAGCAGCCGAAAUAGCUGAGGGACUCGGUUUACACAAUAUCAAGGAUCGCGAUUGGCAAAUACAAUCGUGCAUCGCUAUUGAGGGCAAAGGCGUAAAAGAAGGUUUAGAGUGGGCAUGCAAGAACAUUAAAAGGAAGUAAUAAACACACCGUGGAAGUCGAGAGAUAUAAUUGACGUUUAUGCCACAUUAGGGCGCACGAAAAGAAUAUA